AACUCGACCAAACGCCCCCCUCCCUCACCAGGGCCCACGUGGUGGUGGAGGCUCCACCCCCAAUUAACUCCCAUUCUGGUCUGUGUGACCCAGUGAGCCCCCUCCUCAUAGCACGUGCAGGACGGAGAAAGUGGAGAACAGUCACAGAGAAAGUUUGAAGAUGAAAGUCAAUAUUCCAGCGAAGCUCCAAAGAAGAUUCCAGAGCUUCUGAGCUGGACGGGGUUCGGAUGUUACGACUGAAGCCUCAGCAGGAACGGAGUGUCGAUCCAGGGAGGACUUCUGACCUCCUGAGGAGGAGCGUCUGCAUGAAUGCGUGGUGUCUGCGCAGCUGAGAGGUAAAAGAACCUCUUCAUCCUGUUCCCGAUCCUGGUCCCUGAAAACUGACAUGGACUCCCGAGGGGUGUCGUACCUGAACAAAGCUGCCCUCUGCUCUCCUCUGGGUGCGGCCCGCAUCGCUCAGCUAGCCAUGGGGUGUGCUGUGAUCGCCAUGGUGACCCACAGCGCCGGCUACAGUGGGUCACACGGCGUGUUCUGCAUGGCGGCGUGGUGCUUCUGCUUCGCCAUGUCCGUCGCGGUGUUCUUCCUGGACGCCACCCGCCUCCACACCUGCCUGCCCGUGUCCUGGGACAACCUCACGGUCACGUGCGCCGCCUGCGCCACACUCAUGUACGUGACGGCCUCUGUGGUGUAUCCGCUCUUCUUCGUGCGCUCUGAGUGUCCGUACGAAGGCUGUCACGUCAGGGAUUUCCGCAUCGCCGUCACCGUCUGCUCCAUCCUGGGAACUCUGGCCUACGGGGUGGAGGUGGUUCUGUGCCGAGCCAAGCCGGGCCAGAUUGUGGUGGGCUACAUGGCCACCGUCCCGGGCCUUUUGAAAGUGGUUCAGAGUUUUGUGGCCUGCGUCAUCUUUGGAGCUCUGGCCAACGGCAGCCAGUACUCCCUGUACGCCGCCACCAUCUUCUGCGUGGUGGUGUACACGCUCUGCUUCGCCCUGACGGCUCUGGUGGUUCUCAUGACGGUGUGUAAGCGGACACAAGGGGUGCGCUGCAUGCCCUUUGACCGGUUUGUGGUGGUGUGCACGCUCCUGGAGGUUCUGCUCUACCUGAGCGCCUCAGUGGUGUGGCCGGUGUUCUGCUUUGACACUAAAUACGGCUCCCCCUGGAGGCCGGCGUCCUGUCCACAGGGGAAGUGUCCGUGGGACAGCAAGGUGGUGGUGGCCGUCUUCUCCUGGGUCAACUUCUGUCUGUACGCGGCGGACCUGAUGUACUCCCAGGGGGUUCGCUUUGUGUCGUCACAUGCGGCGGCGAGGUCACGGGUGUAGCGUGGAGCUCGGAUGCUUCACUCCUUCUGGUUUCACUGAAACAUUUCAGGACUGUUCCGUCUGAUUCUCUGGACUGUGGAGGAACUUUGCUCCCUGACAUUCCUGAUUCCAGAAGACACCCCACUCCUCAAAGCCAACCCCACCCAGUCUGCCUGGACUCCAGGGUAUUUCUGUCUUCUUAAAACAAAACUUUCAAAAAUGUGGGGUCCACCCACCAGAACUCACUCAUGUUUCAACACAACAUGCAGGACUUUAGCAUUGAAGCCCAUUUGGCAUCCGUGGUAUCCCUGCCAUUUGCAACCCACCCACCCUCCUCGGAGCUAAAAAUAACUGCUUGGACUAUGUGAAGUGUGACGCAGCGUUUAAAAAGGCUGGACUUCCUCAAGCCUAUCAAAGCUUCUGUGAACCUUAUCCUGAGGAUCUGCAGAGAGAGCCGCUGUGUCACAGCGGUCAGCGUGACCACAGAGUCAACAAGUCUGACCUCAGUAAACACGCUGAAGCUUUACUGUGCUUUGAAGUGCACCCUGGAACCUGCCUAACUAAAGCAAGAACCCGACCAACACAAGCAUCCCAGUCUGAACACAAACGGGACUGAAAGUUAAGCAGCAGGAACUCUGAGCUUGGAGUGACAUUCUCCUUCUUCCACUGUCAUUGUGGAGAUAUUGACGUUUCUCCAGAAUACAAGACGAGAGGCUGCGAAUGAGAUCGAGAUGAUUAAAGUUUGGUGGAUGUGUGA